CCGUUUGAAGUCUCCUUGAGCCUGUCUCCUGUUAAUGAAAUACCAGAGCCUCUCCCCAGGCAUCUGCUCUCUCUCCUCUCUCCUCUCUCUCUCUACACUUUUUCUCGUACAUUCUCUCUCUAACUUUGCAGCAGAUUCUUAAUAUUUAAUCAUAUUCCCUCCGUUAAACUCCUUCUUCAAUCUCUUGUUCUUCCUCUUUUCUUGUUAGUUUUCUUCUUCUUGAUUGUUAAUAUCAUUGUCUCUCUCUCUAUGUAUAUCUUUGUUUUCUCUCUGUCUUGGUUGAAACUCGGUUUAUUUUAUCAAAACCAAUCUGCAAAAAACUUACAAUUCUUGAACUCCUCUUCUUCAGUAUCGCUUCCUGUUUCUCUCUCUUCUUACCCUUCUUACCUUCUCCUUAUUGUUAUUUUGAUCCUCUCUGCAAAACCCAUCAGCCCAUUCUCUCUCUCUUGAAGAGAAAAAGUUAUUUGAUUUUAUCCAUGGAGGAAACUAUACCAGAACCUACCAUAACAACAAUGCCAUACUUGAAGUGGGGAGCUCAGAAACGCCUAAGGUGCAUGAAGGUUCAGUUUCAGGAAAACAACAACAAAUCCUCACCCCUGUUUUUGGAGCCCCCCUCUCAAAAACCCAUCGACAAUGAGCCCGAAAAAGUUCCGGAACCUGCUGGAGAAUUGAAUCCAGUAGCUGGAUUCCGGCCGAAUUCGCCUGAAAUUUGGCAGAGACCUAGAAGGCUUAGAGGUUCAGCAAAGGAUAAUGAGUUGCAUGGUGAUGGUGGGUGGCCAAAGAUCGACCUUCAACUCUCUCGCAAAGAGAAGGAAGACGACUUCUUGGCAAUGGGGGGAAGGUUGGCUCUUAGACCCAAGAAGAGGCCCAAGUAUAUUCAGAAGAAAAUAGAUAGAUUGCUUCCUGGUGGAUGGCUGCCUGAUGUUAACCCAAACACAUAUGAGGUUCAUGAAGAUUUAUAGCCCCCUUCUUUCGCAGAGCAACACAUACAUUUAUGCCCAAUUAUAAGGCAGGUCAUUUUUAUUUUGAGAAGCUCGGAGAAACUUCUUCUCGUGCUCAACCCCCACAUUGGUGGUCUUUAAGUGGAAUGCAAGCUAAAAUAUUCGACUCAGGUCAUGAAUUGUCUAUGGUUCCAUUUUAUUUUAUAGGUUUUGUUUCUAUAUGGAUUGAUCAAUGUGAAAGCAGAACAAAUCUGUCAAUCCUUUUGAUGUACAGACGUUGAUCCAUAGUCUUUUGAAUGAAUUCAUAUAUCCAUUAAUUUGAUUGAGAAGU